AACACAGAAGAAGAAGAAGAGUUGUUCACCUCUGCCUGUCAGUAGCAAUGUAAACAAUUCACCCCUGUGCGGUGAAUUAGCCUACAGUUGUAUUUCAGGGAAACAAGAGACUCAAAACACCGGUGCUGUAUGUUUCCAGUGCAGUAAGUGACAGAAGAAACCGUUGGACUUAUUGAUAAACCUUCUCCGAAGAGCUCUGUAAAUGAUCUAUAAACCCCGUGGUUAUGACAAAUUAACCGGUAUAAAGCAGAGAGAUACUCUGGAACCUCUGAUGUUGCUGUGUGAUCAUGGCCUCAACGUCCAGUUUUGCCCCUCCAAAGCUAGCAGACUUCAUCUUGACAGAGCGGCUAGGCAGCGGCACCUAUGCUACUGUCUACAAAGCCUACAGAAAGGGGAACAGUCGAGAAGUGGUGGCAGUGAAAGUUGUCGGGAAGAAGACUCUCAACAAGGCCUCAACAGAAAACCUUCUCACAGAGAUUGAAAUUUUGAAGACCGUUCGUCAUCCUCAUAUUGUCCAGCUGAAAGACUUUCAGUGGGAUGCCGAGAACAUUUAUUUAAUUCUAGAAUGGUGUUCAGGUGGAGAUCUCUCCCGCUUUAUUCGCAGUCGCAGGAUUUUACCUGAGAGCUUGGCUCGGCGCUUCCUGCAGCAGAUGGCUUGCGCUCUUCAGUUUCUUCAUGAACGGAACAUCUCACACUUGGAUUUGAAGCCCCAAAAUGUUCUGCUUAGCGGGUCUGUCCUCAAGCUGGCAGAUUUUGGGUUUGCGCAGUACAUGUCACCGUGGGAUGAGAAGAGUGUCCUGAGAGGCUCUCCUCUCUACAUGGCUCCUGAGAUGGUGUGCCGACGCCAGUAUGACUCCAGAGUGGAUCUGUGGUCAGUAGGAGUCAUUCUGUUUGAGGCACUGUUUGGACGGGCACCAUUUGCAUCAAAGUCAUAUGCUGAAUUGGAGGAGAAAAUACGAAGCAAUCAACCAGUCGAGGUCCCUCCCGGCGCCCGGGUCUCCAAGGACUGCAGAGAUCUUCUGUUGAGGCUGCUCGAGCGAAAUCCAGAUACCCGGAUCACCUUUGAGGAGUUCUUCACUCACCCUUUUGUAGAUAUGGAGCACAUGCCAAGUGCAGACAGCAUAGUGAAAGCAACAGAGCUGGUGCUGCAGGCCGUGCAGAAGGACCAGGAAGGGGAGCGGUCCACAGCGCUGUCUCUCUACUGCAAUGCCCUGGAGCACUUUGUCCCUGCCAUUCACUAUGAGACAGACCGACAGCGUAAAGAUGCUCUCAGGCAGAAGGUCAGACAGUAUGUGUCGAGAGCUGAGGAGCUGAAAGCCCUGCUCGCUUCGGACAACAGGCAGAGCUUCGAGGAGGCUCGGACAUCCAGAGAUGUUCUCCGAGAAAUGUCUAAAGACCGUCCACGUCUCCUGGCUGCCUUGGAGAUGGCCUCUACAGCCAUUGCUAAGGAGGAGAAUGAAUCAGAUGAUCAUGAAGCUUUGGACAUGUACCAGCAAUGCUUAGGAGAGCUACUGUUGGCAUUAGCAGCCGAGCCCCAGGGUCGCAGGAAAGAGCUGCUCCACAGUGAGCAACUGAACCAACAAAACACAACAUAUUUCACCAACAAACCCCAAGAGGGCGUGCAGGGCACUGAGUGGGCCUCAUGGACCUCCAUGUUUGAAGUUUUAUGGAUAAAAAGCCUCAUGACCAGAGCUGAAUACCUCAAGAAGCAUGUCAAGAUGCAAGAGACCGAGAGAGAUGUGUCCCUGGAUCGAGAAUCUCUCGCAGAAUCCGUCAGAAGCUCAUGCAGCUUGCAGUGAGCAGGGCAGCAGCUGUAAAACCCAGGAAUGCCCUGUGGACUGUACGUCACUGUGCAGGUUGGACACUGAGCCCUCACCACACCAGGCUUCUGUGGGGGCCAAAGCACACCACAUCCUAACCAACUGAGUACACUAUCUGGGUGGGAUGUGACAGUUUCCAGCCAAAGGUGGACCAUGUUUUGGCUUCUUUUUCAAAGUUCCUCUACCAAAUGAAUUGGCAGGUAAAUGACUAGGUUUAAAUUGUUUUGUUUUUUUUCAUAUAUAAGGAAAAAGGAAGGCUGCUAAAUUCCUGAAAGUAGCUCUUGAAUUUUGGAUUUGCACACUGGUGAAUGUGAAAAUUGAUGUCCUUUACUGUGUAUUGUGAGAGAGCUGAGUCUCAAUCCCCUCCUCCAGACACACUAUUGAUAUGCAAAUGCUGGACAGCUUGUAUGACAAUACCAACCUGUCAUGCUAAAUGAGUUAAACUGAGGCUGCUGCAUUAGUUUAGCAGACAACAUCUACGAGUCCUUUCAGCAUGCUUGGAAGCUGCAGGAAACGCAAACACAAUCAAAUAUAAACUGCAAUGUUAAGAUGAGUCACUGGUGUUUAGAAAUGUACUGUUAAAUCUACUAGAUGGAGUUGUGCAAACCCUUCUUUGUUGCCUUUACCCUGGGUCAACCAACCACAGACUCACCAUACUCUCAUCACUGACAGUCCUCAUCAGAGGUGUGGCUUCUGCCUUAUUUGCACUGGUCUUGCAUGUAGGUUUGGAUGUAGACAAACUCCUCACAAGAAACCCUCAAGGCUUCAGUAAAAGUCUAGCAAGUUAAAGAGAUAUACUUAUGUAUGUCUGGGCUUACUGUAAAAAUGUUUCCAAACGGGUUGCUUUUAUUGGCAGCUGCAAUGUCAACACUGCUGUAUUGGUUCUUUUUUUAUAUACAAAACCUGUUGUUUUAUUGUGUAUUUAUUGAGGGACAAGGUGGAAAUAAAAAUACCUAUUAUAAAUAAAACCUAAUCUUUGAAAAAAUAAAA